UGAAAUACGCCUGUUACUUCCUGCCUCGUUGGGUGUUUGUCUGUCUUUUUCGAAACCAUCAUAGAGCAUUUUCAUUUAAUGCAAGAUAUUGCCAGUGGUGUAAGAAUACUUGAAAGUACUAGUUAAGUAGUUCUUUUGGGUAUCUGUAUGUACUUAACUAUUUAUACUGUUGACAACCUUAACUUUUACUCCACUACAUUCCUAAGCAAAAUAUGUAUGUUUUACUCCCAUAUGUUUUCCUUGACACCUAAAAGUAGUCAGGAGUUAGAAUACGAAUGCUCACUCAAGACAACAAUAUGGUAUGAUUAAUGUACUGUAUCAAAGUAACACGUUGCCAUUCUUACUUGGUUUGUAAAUUAUGUCUGAGUUGGAGUGUGUCCCUGUCUGUUAAAUGUUUUUUAUAUAUAUAAUUCCAUCUAGUUUGCUUAAAUUAAGGAAUUUGAUAUAUUUUACAUUUUUAUAUGUUUCAGCAUUUACUUUUUACUUUCAAGUAUGACAAUUGAAUACUUUGUCCACCACUUAAGUAUAUUUAAAAACAGAUACUUAGUAGUAUUUUACUGGCUGACUCACUUUUACUUGAGUCAUUUUCUAUUAAGAUACUUUUACUUCAUAUUCCUCCCAAUCUCUGUCUCCACAUUUCCUCCUCCUCACUGGUUUAUAAGGACCUGUUUCCCAACCCAGAGUACCACUGCACCUCACCUGCCUGUCUAUCAGCCCAGAUCAGCCCACAGUACCACUGCUGUUCACCUGCUUGUCUAUCUGUCCACGAUGAAGCUCAUCUUGACUCUCUCUCUCAUCUGCAUUCACUUCUGCUCAGUUGAGAUGCUGCAGUGUUUCAACUGCACUGAUGCAGCAUGUACAAACUCUUCUUUAGUUACCUGUCCAGCCUCAAAUGAAACAUGUCUCACUGCAACCAGAACCAUAAAAGGUCCCGAUAAUACCACCGUGGUACUCAAAAUGUGUUCACCAUCCUCCAUCUGUGUAACUCCUCUUAACACUGAAGUCACAGUGUCAGGGAACUUGGGCAUCAUAAGGGCUGCCUCUAACCAGCUCUGCUGUAACACCAAUGGGUGCAACAAUGAAACUCUGUCUGCCCCGAGUUCACUGGCUAACGGAAGACAAUGUACCUCCUACAGCAGCUUCCAAGGCGUUGUGCAUAACAGCACUGUGGCCUGCCUGGGGGUGGAGGACCAGUGCUUGAGCUUCAGUGGCAAUGUACUUGGCUCAAUCAAUUAUAUGGUGAACAUCCAGGGCUGUACAUCUACCAACGUGUGCAACUAUAUUGAUCAACUGCUGCCCUCAAGUUACAUCAACUUUGUGCAAUUCACCUGUAACACAGCCCCUUUACCUGUAACUGUAACCAAAGCCCAUAACACAGCCUGGUCCAUUAGACUGAGCCUAGUCCCUCUACUGCUGGGCCUCACUAUCAGCAAACUCAUCUGAUAUAAACAGAGAUGAACAUAUCGGGACUCAUAUGACAACAUAAUGCAUUGAUUACAAAACAACAGAAUGUACAAUGAUUUUUAUGUAUUGUGAAAUACGUACUAUAAUUGAAAUUCUGUUGUUUAUAUGGAAUUUGCCAGAUGAUGCCCUGUUACAUUAUAUAGUGUGCUUGCUUGAGGAAAUAAUUUCUUAUAUAUUACUCUGUAUAUUUGAUAAAGUGUGAUUGCUUGUAAGUUUAAAACAAAUAAUCUCUGUCAAUGCCAAUAAAGUUUCUAUCACUUUACCAAAA